AUGAAAAAGGACUCAGAUUCGGUAAUCAACAAGGAAUCAUUCGAUCAAAUACCCAUAAAUGGAGAUAAAUCUGGACAGUUUGUGACAAAGAGUCAAGUACCAACUACUAGAGAGAAGAGAGGUAUUGAAAAUGGAAGUGACAGUGGGAAUGAACUUGACAUGGGUUUUAGGAGUUUUGCCAUUGGCUUUGUGGCACUUGUUGCGGUGAAAUGA